UAUGAAGUUCAUAUGGAUUUUCGCUGGUCUGGCACUUUUUGUGGCCCACAAGUCUUAUGCCCAGGUGUACUGCGCUGGGCGACCAGGCAUACAGUUGUGCAAAGGCCUCAGGGAUGAAGGCAACAACAACCGAGGGUCGUGUCAUACCAGAGCCAUGAGAGAAAUGUGGUGGUACAACGCACGCAUCAAUGACUGCGAGAAGAUGCGAUUUCUGGGCUGUAAUGGCAACAACAACCGUUACUGCUCCCUCGGCAGCUGUCGCAGUAGGUGCAAACGCAACUAAAAAAAAACAUAAAAUAAUAAUAAU